AUGGCGCGCCAUCACCGCCACGUGCCUGUCCCGUUGCAGUGCGAGUUCUGUCCGGCGGCGUUCGCGCGCUCGGCGCACCUGAAGCGCCACGUGCGCACGCACACGGGCGAGCGGCCGUACGCGUGCCAGGUGUGUCCGCGAGCCUUCAGCCGUCAGGACAAGCUGAAGUGUCACAUGGACCGACAUACGGAGGACGAGCGGCGCAAGGCGCAGACGCCGGACGGGUCUUCGCUGCCGAGUCCUACGGCCAGCAUGCAGAGCUACCUACGGAGCCUGAACCGGAGCGCACUGGCGCUGGUAUCGCCCUCUGCGCGGCCGGCGCCGGCCGAGCCGCUGUACCCGUGUCCGCUGCCGCCGGCGCCGCUCGGCUCCUCCAACCCGGGCCUGCCGUACCUGCAGACGAUCCUCGACGACGUGCAGAUCGUGCGCGACAAGAAGCCGGCGUCGUACUAUCGGAACAUGAAGCGCUCGUCGUCGGAGAGUCUGCUCACGUCGGUGCGCCGCCUGGGCGAGUGCACCAUCAAGAUGGCCACGCCGGUGGAGUGACGUCGCCCUCGGCGGUGUGACGUCAGGUGGCGUCAGGUGACGUCGGGUGACGCUGCCGGGAUGGCUGGUGGCGUUGGCUGACGCCCGGCGCUGCCGGACU